CUUCACCAUACGUAAGCGAGUAGCACCGUUUGAACGCUCCGUUGGCUGGGGCAGAUCAUAUGCAUUCACCCCACCGAGGCUCCGGCCUCCCCUUGCACCUUAAUCGGGACAUGCAGGGGUCCAGCGUCAUGCCGCUGGUUACUUUCGGGCUAUCGGUGCGAGCAAACUCUCCCUUCCAACUUCUUGAGCCCCCUGUGCAACCUCCGCAAUUACAACGCCUCCGCCCGCGCGAUCCGUAUAUAUCCCCGAAGCCGAAGUGGUCGUCCAUACAUCGCUUACACAUGUCUUUGCGUUCUUUUGAGUCUGUCAAUUGCUUUUCGAUCGCAACACGUCCCUCAUUCCUUCCGUUCGCCAUUUCCACGACGCAUCAACCAAACCCGACAGUUUGAAGCGACAGAUGGCCGUGCUGCUGCUUGCAGGUGCCUUGUCUAUACUUGCCCGGUCGCUAGAUGGAGCCAGUCGUGUUUGACCAGUCGCCGCUCGCCGAGUACCUUCGUGACGAAGGCGAAGACGAGAAGGUGGGAUGGGCGCACGACGACUCAACUUACGAUGCAUCGCCUCCCUCGAGCCCCGAAUUCGCACCAACGGGUCGGCCGAUGGUCAGAUCGAGAUUCCGCAACAAUUCCCUCCGAGUCGACAUACCUACGAAGGCGGCCUCUGAUAAGUCAUACCGAAAAAGUUAUUCGACUGCGGUAGCGUCCAGGAUUGACCGAGCCGACAACUCCAAAUUCCUUGAGCAAUUUCGCUAUACUAUUAUCGCAUCCCAGCUAUUGAGUGGGCACUCCAUAUUAUCCCAGCACAAUGCAUCAUCCCGGUCCGCCAGUGCUGCCAUUGACGGAAAUCCAACUGACAAGCUGCUCGACUCGACCGGCGCGGUCGUCGUCGUCUUGGGUGCAUUGGCUCUGGCUGUUUCUAUCAACUGGCUCGCGGGGGCAGGACCAUUGAACAAGAGAAGGACUGCUAUAAUUUUGCUGGUAGUUGUGAUCACCGCAGGGAUCGCCCAUGUGUUCGCCCGGAGACAAUGGCUGAGGUACAGGCGGCUGCAGGCACUUUCAGAGGUCACUGCGUUUGUUUCAAACUCCCAGGAAUUCGACAGUGCAACUGGUGCAGCCAUUGCGCUGGUACAAGAGGUGGAACUUGUUUCCAGAGGUUACCGUCUGAGUGCGCCACUUCCACCUAUCAGCCGUAUAGAGGAUCGCUCACAGACGCGCAAGUGCGUGCGGCUGCGCAGGGCCCUCAGGGCGUGCUUUGCCGAUGUCAUUCCCGCAUACGACCAGACCGUUGCGGUAGUUAAAGGCUUCUCGGAACAACUUGAUUUAGAGAAAUAUUACGACAUUUACGACAUCAGCGACUUCGACAUGUCCGAUGCUAGGCUGGGCUUCCAGGAGAAUGAGUUUGAGGAUAACGAAUCACUUCGGACGCUCAAGGUUCUUGCUGCACGGUUUCACACCAUUCGCAAGAUGUUCUUGUGUGCGCUCCUGGCCCUGGACGCAAGCGGCGACAGCAGAGACCUCUUGAAAUGGACAACAACGAUGGAGGCGGUUCGCGCUCUCAACACGGUCACUCAAAAAGCGUUCGAGAGUCUGAGAAGACUUUUGAGCGAUGAGGAGUCUUUCCCGCCGCCGCCGACUCCAAAGGUACCCCUGACGCCCGGCCGAGAGAGAUGGAGAUCGCAAUUACGGAAACUUAACUCCCUAUCCAGCGGGAUUCGCGGCUUGCAAGCCAAGCUGACUUUGUUGAGAGAAGAGUCUGAUCGUAGCCUCAACGAGUCCGACGACAUUUCUGAGCUCGGCUCCAGUCUGAUGCUGCAAUACGAGUCUAUCGGGGCGGAUUUGAAAAUCCUGAUGCAGGCCUGGGAAGAGGGCAAAGCAGCUCUCGCCAUGGGUAUCGACCGGAACGAGAGGAGAUUGUCUUCGAUGAGCACACUGCUCUCUCCAACCAGCUCACUCAGCGGCCUGACGACAGUCGAGGAAGGGGGGGCAGCCGAAGCUCUUAAGGCGUUGAAUGGAGAGUCGCCCUCCAGCACAGACUUCGGCAGCACAGGGGAACCCGACAUGGAAGAGGUCUUUGAGGCUGUCGCCCAGCCUAGGCCUCGCAGCCUAUUGACCAGAGAGGAGCGCAUCAUCAAGAUGCGAGAAGAUCGAGAGAAGCGAGAGAUCGCCAAAGAAAAGGCCGACGCUAACAAGGGUAUGAUGAAGGAGCUCGAGAUGGUCAUCAACCUCCGGCCCCGCCCGCGGACUGGGCCGAAUCCGUCGCGCGUCGUUUCAAUGUGACGAGGACACGACAUUUGAUGAUGGACACGGCGUUUGUGGAAAGGGGCUCAAGGACACACGGGCGGAAGUUAUCGUUCGUCGGAUUGCUCAAUUGUAUUUAUGAUGACACCGAUACGCACCAUGGUCGUUUGGUGCAGGUUCCAAUUUGGGCCGGAGGAGGCUUGUACAGACCAUUGCUAGUUCUCUAACUGAAUAAGAAAAAAACAAUUGGAAAAGAAAAGCAAAAUGUUUAAUCAUUUGUUUACUUGUCUUUGUUUACAUUGGAACUUGCCACACAUUCAAUUCGAUGCUAUGCAUAGG